AUGGUGGAGGGAACAUCGCGCGGCUGUUAUGAAUAUCAAACAGGGCGGCCAAGUUAUGCCCCUCUGGUACCGGCCUUUCUCGGACAGGCAUUGAUGCCUGAAUUGCUUUCGUUUCUUUUUUCGCGAGCAGACUCCGCCACGGCCCCCGAGGCGUCGGCGCAGGCUGGGAGGGCGCAACGUUGUGGCUCACUUGUGACUGCCGUCAUGAAUGCCCGGACUCGGCCAGCAACAGGUCAGUUCCGGUCUGCUGGAAAGUCGGAGAUAAAGCCGUUUGAACGAAUGACUCACGUGAAUUGCAUGGAAAGAGGACAUAGACCUCCACCAGACGACAAGUCGACUUCUCUGCUGAUCGGACAAAUGUCUGUUCGAUUGGCGAAAUGUGAGUUUAUUGGCUGGUCGGCUGAAAUUUCAGCAGUUAUUGAGGCUGGCCGUGGAGGAGAACACUUCACACAACACCUGACUUGGACGAACAAACCGACAGAUUUGACUGUCGACACACUAACUCGCUAA